GGGAGGCACCGUUAGGAGGCGCUCGAGAAGCUGCAGCAGGAAUUCCCGCCCUCUCUGCUACAGCCCCAGUAACCCCAGCGCGCAGGCGACCGAGAGUAACCUCGCGGUGGGGUGACGGGGCCCCCCCCAUUUCUACCCGGACUCUCGCCUGCUCCUGCCUCAGCCAAUGGGAAGCCAGCGAGCGGGCCGGCCGGACGCUCACUCUCGUGGACUCCUCCCCAAAGCAGUUAGAACAGAGUUGUACAAUCACCUCUCCGUGGGCUUUAGACUUUUCCAAUGGAAACUCUAGUUCCCGGUUCCAAGCCCCGCCCACCUCUCGGCCUACCGGGUUUUCUUUCUCGGCAGUCACCUUUGCCUUACAAACGUUCAGGCCCGCCUUCUUCUUACCUUGCUUCAUUAGGCCCCGCCCUACGCUUGGAUCGACCAAUAAUAGUGUGAUCCUGGAGCCUCUGGGCGGGCCUGCAGCCAAUGCGCACGUCGUGGGCGGGCCCCGGGCCGGAAUAGGAGGUAUAGCUACAGCAUUUUGCCCACAUUCGGGGCGCGCGAAGUUAGGGGGUCCCUUAGGGGCGCCCGGAGUUAAGAUGGCGUCCGCAGCUGACUGGGACGUAGGAACUGUGGUGGAGCUGGUGAGGGUGCUGCGGUCGGGUUUCGAGGAGCUGAGCCUUAACAAGUUGGCGACGUCCUUGGGCGCGUCAGAACAGGCGCUGCGGCUCAUCAUCUCCAUCUUCCUGGGUUAUCCCAUUGCGUUGUUUUAUCGACGUUACCUUUUCUACAAGGACAGCUACCUCAUCCAUCUCUUCCACACCUUUACAGGCCUCUCAAUUGCUUAUUUUAACUUUGGAAACCAGCUCUACCACUCCGUGCUGUGUGUCAUGCUUCAGUUCCUCAUACUCCGACUGAUGGGCCGCACCAUCACUGCUGUCCUCACAACCUUUUGCUUCCAGAUGGUCUACCUUCUGGCUGGAUAUUAUUACACUGCCACUGGCAACUACGAUAUCAAGUGGACAAUGCCACAUUGUGUUCUGACUUUGAAGUUGAUUGGUUUGACAAUUGACUACUUUGACGGAGGGAAAGAUCAGAAUUCCUUGUCUUCUGAGCAACAAAAAUAUGCCAUACGGGGUGUUCCCUCCCUGCUGGAAGUUGCUGGUUUCUCCUACUUCUAUGGGGCCUUCUUGGUAGGGCCCCAGUUCUCAAUGAACCACUACAUGAAGCUGGUGCAGGGACAGCUGACUGACAUGCCAGGGAAGACACCAAACAGCAUCAUACCUGCUCUCAAGCGCCUGAGUUUGGGCCUUGUCUACCUAGUGGGCUACACUCUGCUCAGCCCCCACAUCACAGAAGAUUACCUCCUCACUGAUGACUAUGAGAACCGCCCUUUCUGGUUCCGCUGCAUGUACAUGCUGAUCUGGGGCAAGUUUGUGCUGUACAAAUACGUCACCUGUUGGCUAGUCACAGAAGGAGUAUGCAUUUUGACAGGGCUGGGUUUUAAUGGCUUUGAUGAAAAUAGAAAGGCAAAGUGGGAUGCCUGUGCUAACAUGAAGGUGUGGCUCUUCGAGACAACCCCCCGCUUCACUGGCACCAUCAGCUCUUUCAACAUCAAUACCAAUGCCUGGGUGGCCCGUUACUUCUUCAAAAGACUGAAGUUCCUUGGAAAUAAAGAACUAUCCCAGGGUCUCUCAUUGCUAUUCUUGGCCCUCUGGCAUGGCCUACACUCAGGAUACCUGAUCUGCUUCCAGAUGGAAUUCCUCAUUGUUAUCGUGGAAAGACAGGCUGCCCGCCUAAUUCGAGAAAGCCCAACCCUGAGCAACCUGGCCUCCACUACUGCCCUACAGCCUUUCUUCUAUUUGGUGCAACAGACCAUCCACUGGCUCUUCAUGGGUUACUCAAUGACUGCCUUCUGCCUCUUCACAUGGGACAAAUGGCUUAAGGUGUAUAAAUCCAUUUAUUUUCUUGGCCAUACCUUUUUCUUGAGCCUACUAGUCAUAUUGCCUUAUCUUCACAAAGCAAUGGUGCCAAGAAAAGAGAAGUUAAAGAAAAUGGAAUAACCCAUUUCUUGGUAAGUAGACUUCCCUACAGCUAAGCUCAAACUGCCAGGUUACAGAGUAGCACAACAGAUUGAAAAAAAGAUGUUGUUAGCUGUCAUCAAGCCGGUCCCAAUUCAUGGCAACCCCAUACACGAUGGAACAGAAAGCUGCCCAGUCCUGCACCAUCCCCAUGAUCAGGUGCAGUUUGGACAGUGUUGCAUUGUGAUCCAUAGGGUUUUCAGUGGAUGAUUUUGGAAGUAGAUUGCCAGGUCUCUCUUCCUAGUCCACCUUAGUCUAGAAGCUCGGGGAGCCUAUUCAGCAUUAUAGCAAUAUGUAAGCCACCUCUGGCAGACAAGUGGUGGCUGUGCAUGAGGUGCUUUGGCCGGGAAUCAAACCUAGGUCUCGCGCAUGGAAGGCAAGAAUUCUACCACUGAACAGCCCCGGCCACUAAGGGACACUUACUUCACUCCCUUAUAUCUUUUUGAUUGUUGUACAACGGCCAUGUAUUAGUAUUGGUAACUUGGAGUGAAUUUCAAGGUAGCCUAGCUACCAGGAAACACAGCGUAGGGCACUGACUAUUCUGAUUUACUGAGGCAUGCUAGGAAGAUGCUGAAGGGCUUCAGGUCAGGCACUAGGAGCAGCAACUCUAACCAGCCUGCCAGUCAAACUUCUUCUCUUGCAGGUGGCCUAGAGCAGGACUGACGCAGAAACUACUCGUCUCCCUUUUCACAGGACUCCCUCGCCCCAGAGCACAGAGAACACAGAAGCCAGGAAGUUGGAAGACAUGGCACUCCUAGCUGUGCUGCUGCUGCCAGCCAAGUCUUCAUUUGGGGCCAAAGGGGAAACUCUUGUGGGAGGAGUAGAGGGGUCCAUGUCUCCCCUCUGGGCUCCCCCAUGCACGUUGCCUUAUCUCUCCCCCUCUAGCCAGGAAUCUGUUGUGUUUUUCUUCUGCCAAUUUACUAUGAUUGUAUAUGUACCGCUAUCACCACCCCCCCCAUGGGGGGGAGGGAAGGGGUACAAGGCCCCUGCCUGCUCCACUUUUUCUACCUUGGAACUGUACCAGAUAAAAUCACUUCUGUUUAUUCAGUUUUUCA